AUGGGAGAGUGCCAGCUGAGUCUGCCCACAGACACCACCUCACAGUCAACGAAGUCGGAGGAUGCUCCUGUGGAGUCGCCGAGUGCGUUCAGUGAGAGCCACUGGCUCUCGGAGCCCCGGACCCAGAGCCCUGAUGGGAUGGAGCUGGGGACCCAGCAUGGGUCCAUCACCAAGGAGGAGAUGGUCCAGGAGGACCUGCUGCCAGACGUCCAGAGCCUCAUAAAGGUCCUGGAGCAGGAUAGGGAGGAUGACAUUCCUGAGACGAGUCAGCUGACCAUCACGGAGAAGUCCGUCAGUCUCUCCAGGCCCAGAAACAGGAGACAAUCACGGCUCUAUGAGUUGUCAAGGCCCAAGACCAACUGGCAAAGUGUUACAGACAGGCCGGGGUGCUGUUGUAAGGGCUAUACCUGGAUUUCCCCCACGCAAGAUGACAUUACAUUACAGUUCUGCCUGUAAUGGCCCUCCGUGUACUGGACUGAGCGAUUCCUUAAGGAUACCACUCUGACCAUCACGGUACCCACUGUGUCCCCACGAGUGGAGGAACUGUCGAGGCCCAGGAGGUUCUACUUGGAGUAUUAUAGCAACAACAGGACCACGCCCAUCUGGCCCAUCCCUCGGCCCACAUUGGAAUACCACCCCACUGAUCGGCUGAAGGAACUGGCAAUCCCCAAGAUCCGUACAAAUAUUUGGAACAUGGACAUGUCUGAGGUGUUGCAGGUGUCCCGGGCAGCUCAGACAGCAGUCCCCAGCCAACGGAUCCUGCAUUUAGCAAAGCCCAAGGUCCCAGCUCCCCUUUUGGAAGAGUGGGACCCCAUGCCGAAACCCAAGACCCAUGUGUCAAACUACCGUCGUCUUCGGCAGCUGGCCAUGCCCAAGGCCCAGUGGGAACAGUGCAUACCUGACCGCAGUCCUCGCUGGGAGGUCCUGAAUGGCACCAAGAAGGCAGUGGCCAGUGAGCGGAUCCUCUCCCUGGCUCGGCCUAAGGUCCGCAAGGAUCUCAACGAAGGCUACAACCCCUUCCGGGUCUCCCCAGCCUCUCUGGUGGCUCAUGCAUCCCCCCGGAUCUACGAGCUCGCCAUCCCCAAAAGCGUUACCAAGAAAGUGUGACA